AUGAAAAAUGAUUUGGAGGGACCAUUUGCUUCACGGGGAAACCCUAAACUCUUCAAGAAUCUCAUAAGAGUGCUUUGUAAUGCCAACUCCUCAGAAGGUUUUGUCCCGAUGCGCGACGUAUCAAUGACGGAGAUUAACGGGCCAUUCAAUGGCAUCCCAAGUGUAAGCAGUGGCCAAUCACCUAACAAUCGUUCAAUCUUGGCGUUCUUCGCAGGCGGAAACCACGGUUAUGUACGCAACAAGUUGUUCAAAUAUUGGGGAAACAAAGAAGAUAAUGAUAUUCAAGUCCACACUUACCUUCAAGAAGGUCAAAACUACACUGAGUUACUGAGUCAAAGUAAGUAUUGCUUAUGUCCUAGUGGCUAUGAAGUUGCAAGUGCUAGGGCAACCGAAGCGAUCUACGUAGGGUGCAUCCCCGUCAUAAUCAAGGAUCAUUACGUUCUACCGUAUAGUGAUGUGUUAGAUUGGAGUCAGUUCUCUGUGGAAGUGCCCCUAGAUAAGAUUCCAGAUUUGAAAAGAAUUUUGGAAGAUAUAUCUUUCACCAAGUAUUUGGAAAUGCAAAAAAGACUAAUGGAAGUACAAAGACACUUCGUGGUUAACAUUCCAUCUAAACCAUUUGAUGUCUUUCAUAUGAUUCUUCAUUCUGUGUGGCUAAGAAGACUUAAUGUUCGGUUUCUAAGUUCAUGAUUGAAAUAUUUUACUGCAUUUAGUCAU